AUGAUUGAAGUCUAUGAGGCUGAGGCAGCAUUCAGAGGUAUCUUCAAAAAACUACAGGAUCUGUACCCAGGGCACAUACUUCCUAGUAGAGAUCAUCAAUGGAUCUUUGUCAAUGCAGGAGGCUGGAUGGGGAGUAUGAUGGUGGGCCAUGCCUCCCUCACAGAGUAUGUGCUCUUCUUUGGUACAGCCAUCGAUACAGCAGGGCACUCAGGCAGGUACUGGGCCAAUAUCUUGGAUACAUUGAUAACUGGACAGUAUGUGCAGUGGAAGGAAAGGGAAAUGAAAAGCACUGUUUAUGGGCCCGGGUGCACCAUUUAUCAUGGAGUGGGAGAGGUCAGAUCUCUUAACUUUCAAAAGCAACAUUUUUUUUAUCGAACUGGGCUCAUGUAUUAUUUUUUUCCACCCAAAUAA